AUGCCAUUGGGGACUCAUAAUAACAAUGGAAAGAUUUGGUUAUUUACUAAUCACGGCUUUGAUGUUUCAGUGGUGAGUAAUUCAGAGCAGCAGCUCACUGUAUUGAUGAACAACCAAUUCACUGCUUUAAGUUUUUAUGUUACUAUAGUAUAUGCUAAGUGUGAUAGCAAUCUGAGGUUGAAUCUAUGGGAAGAGCUAUAUUCUAUUUCUACUGGGAUGGACAGACCUUGGUUGAUAGGUGGGGAUUUUAAUGUGGUUCUUAAUGGAGAAGAGAAGAUUGGUGGAGUACCAGUAGUUGCUGCAGAUGUUGAUGACUUCAAGACAUGUAUUGAAUCUUGCGAUCUUUCACAAGUACCAUUUAAAGGAAGUCCUUUUACUUGGUGGAAUGGUCGAGCAGGCGAUGAUUGUAUUUUUGAAAGAUUAGAUAGAAUACUGAUAAAUACAGAGAUGCAAAAUAUUUUUGCUCAGUUAGAGAUUGAUCACUUGCCCAGAGUAGGAUCAGACCAUGCUCCAAUGUUAGUGUCUUGUGCAGAUGGAGAGCUUUUUUGGCAACAAAAAGCUGGAUAUGAUUGGUUUGAAAAUGGGGAUAGGAAUACCAGAUUCUUCCACAGUCUGGUGAAAGGAAGAAGACAGAAGGGGAGAGUAAAUAGAAUUCAAAAUUCACAGGGGGAGUGGUUACAAGAAGAAGGGGCAAUUGCUAAUGAAGCAGUAGAGCAUUUCCAUAGACAUUUUCAACAGGAAGGUGAUGUUACUAAUUUUCGUUUAUUGUCUCACAUCUCUGAAUUUGUUACUGAGGAAGAGAACACAUCUUUGUGUGCUAGUCCAGUUUUAGAAGACGUGAAAAAAGCAGUGUUUAAGCUAAGUGCAGACAGUGCCAGCGGCCCUGAUGGGUUAACAGGUAAAUUUUUUCAGGAGUGUUGGGAUAUAGUUAGUGGUGAUAUUUUAAGAAUGGUGCAGGAUUUUUUUGCUGGCAAUACCCUUCCGAAAUCCAUUACACAUACUAAUCUGGUUCUCAUACCAAAGAAGGCACAUGUACAAACCUUCUCUGAUAUGAGACCUAUUAGUUUGAGUAAUUUUGUGAACAAGAUCUUGUCUAGGAUUAUUCAUGAUAGGCUGGAAGAUAUGUUCAAAUCAGUCUGGUUUUAUUUAAGGAAGAAGUAUUAUUGA